UUAAAAUGAACUCUGUUUCAGACAUCAAGCGGCUCCAUGCAGAUAGAGCCCAACGAAUCCAACCACAUGAUCGUUGAGACGCUGACUGAAAAGGACAGGAAAGAGAGCGAAUUAACUUAUGAAGACUUGGCUCUGCUCUGUGAUUUGUUUUAUUUGCCAUUUGAGCAUGGCGCGCAGGGCUUGCAGCUGUUGCAAGAGUUCCAGUGGUUAAAGUCCAAUGCUCACAUUGUGAUAUCGGCCAAUCAGAGAAAGGAUCAUUCAAAUCCCGAACUGGAGGAAUGGUUUGCAAGGGCGGAAAAAAUGAACGAAAUGAGCGAGGCUGUAAAUCGGCUCUUACUGCACAUGACUGCCUGUAACAAUCGGGAAUUGCUCUACGACCUCUACUCCUAUAUUUGGGAUAUUCGCGGAGUUAUUUCGCUGCUCAAUUCGUACAUCAAGUGGCUGGGGAUUUUUCCUUAUUACUGGACUGAUUAUUCCUGUUUGUUUCUUUCCUGAAGCCAAUGGCCAUUUUCCUUCGUCGAUGCCGUCGUACACCCAGGGGACCUAUACAUGUAUGCAUCGCCCAAUUAGUAUAUGCAGCCGGCCGAAUAGAGGAUCUUGUUUAUGCGUAAAAUAUUUGCUUUUUUUGCGUAAACUAGCGGCGUUAUGCGUAAAUGGUCCUGCUGUAGUUGAAAUGGACAUCUUGGCGAAUGCGCAAAGCGCGGGCAUGAACUCGUAAAGAUGUCCAUUUGUGGGCAGCUUCUUGAUAUGCACGCGUAGGGCUUUUGCUUUGGAAGCAGCGUAAAAGUACUGGACGAUUUUGCGAAAAGAUCCGUCCAGGCAACGGAAGAACUUAACGCAUUAUCAGAAUAUGAAGGCUUUCACGGCUGGUUAAAUCACAUUUAGGAAUGUUUUCC